AUGGAUCGAGCUUUAGAGAAUCACGCAUCUUACAUUGGGCGGCCGGCCUCAGAGCUGCCCACGCCAUCACUUGUCGUUGAUCUUCCAAUACUGAAGAAAAAUGUCAAUACUCUACAUGAGAAUGUCGAGAAACUUGGGAUUGGCUUUCGGCCCCAUGUUAAAACUCUCAAGAUUCUAUACGGACUGCCAAUCUACCCAGGAGCGCUACAAGACCUCGCCAAGCUAAGAGAAAGCUCGGGCACCCAACCCUGGGAUAUCUUCAUCAAGCUCGACGUCGGCUCCCGCCGUGCUGGUAUUGCAGCAAAUAGCACAGCCUUGGAAAAAUUGGUGGAACGUGCCGACAGGUCUUCAGCAGUGAACAUUUCCGGCUUCUAUUGCCACGCAGGACACUCUUACGCUGGAAAGUCAUUGGACGCGGCCCAAAAGACGCUUGAAACCGAAAUAUCAAGCGUUCUUAAUGCGGCCGCACUGCUGCCUGCUGACCGUGCCCUCAUUGUUUCCAUUGGAGCAACUCCCACUGCCCAUGUGGUGCAGUAUCUGAAAGCAAACAUCCCGUCAAAUGUGAAGGUCGAGCUUCAUGCAGGCAAUUUCCCCUGCAAUGACCUACAACAGGUGUCUACAGGCUUAGUUUCAGAAACAGACCAGGCGAUCCGUGUUGCUGCCGAAGUUUGUGGCGUUUAUCCGGAGCGAAAUGAGGCUCUAGUGAAUGCCGGCGUCGUUGCUUUGUCUCGGGAAAGCAGUGGCUAUUCAGGGUUCGGCCGCGUGAUUGGGAAGCCAGCUUGGGCGGUCGUACGCUUAUCGCAAGAACAUGGAAUACUUGGGACCAACGAGAGCGAACGCGUGGGUGAGAACUUCAAGAUUGGCCAGAGGGUUAACCUGUAUUGCAAUCAUUCAUGUAUCACUGCGGCGGCAUUUUAUGUCUACUUUGGUGUGGAUGAGAAUGACAUCGUCCGGGAAGCAUGGAUCCCAUGGAAAGGUUGGUAA